GUUUAUAUCUUAUAGUAUCUCCUUUUCAGUAUUUCAUACGAACAGACAGACAAUAUACCAGAUUGUCGACCAAAGCAACUAAGACUUUGCUCAUACGAAAGUAUUUCUUUAAUAUGUUAACUUCCACAAUUUUUAUCUGAUCGCAACCAGGUCGCUCAGGAAUCAUAAUUACUAUUGUUAUUAUUGCAUACACUCUAGAUUUAAAAUUUCGCUUAUUAUUCGAUUUUGUUGAUUUGCGGGACAGACGGACAGACAUGGCUAGAUCGUCUCGACUGUUGAUGCUGAUCAAGAAUAUAUAUACUUUAUAGGGUCGGAGAUGCCUCCUUCUACCUGUUACAUACAUUUUCUGCCGGCACAAAGUUACAAUUGCGGGUGUCAAAAUAAUUAUUCAAACGAAGAUUCCUUUAAUCCCCUACCACAUCUUAUCAGACAGAGAUUCAGAAACUGUGCAACUGCGCUACCUGCCACUGACUUACCUACCUUAAGGUGAAUGUGACCUUGUGAUCAGUCCUUAAAACGCAACACUUUCUGCCAUCGCCUUUAGAACGCUUCAUUCCAUUAUCCGUUGUGUUUUGUUUUGUCCUUUCGCGGUAUAUCCUUGUGCCGGUUGCAUACAGCGUUAUUAUGUUACUAUGCAUCCGAAUGUUGUAUCUUCGAAGUGCAGGCUUGUUAUUUUUUGCUUUUUGUUUUUAAUUGGUUUUGUUUCACUUAACUGCAGUUGUUGCUGUUGUCUUCACUAAGCUCUUUGCAUUUAUGUCCUUUCCUAUCUAGUUUUCUGAUUUUCUGCUUGAGUCUUCAUGCAUGUGCCACACUUCUUCAAAACAUGCCGCACAUGGCAUGCAGCCACAAAAACCUUCAUUUGUUUAUGUUGCUUAAAAAAAACUGGACAACCAAGAUAAGAUCCUAAAAAUGUAUCCCACACACUCUGCGUUGUGGCAUGAUAAUUACUAGAAAAUGCACUCGAGGAUAUCAACAGCUCAUGCGUUGUAUCCCGUAAAUAUGAAAAUAAAAGAAGGUUCCUCCACGCUAGGACUCUCUAAAGAUAUGAAACUGUUGUUAGCUAUAUAUAUAGGAUUCUAAGAAAAAAAAGGUCAAACAGAAUUUCUCGAGUCGUUGCGUGCAUUCAGUUGCAUUUACCUCUUCGGAGACGUCACACACAGUCUCUUGCCACGGAUUGUACGGAGAUAUUCGAAAUGAAGUUGACAAACACACCGGAAUGGGUUAAUAAACAGCUCUUUACGGGAUUACUUAAUCAUAAUUAUAAUGAUUUUGAAACAAUCAAAGAAUUUAUAUGUACUGCGGCGAUCAGUGGAGGCGAAAACUACCUGACUAUUGUGCUGCGCAUUGAAAUUGAAAUGCAAAUGAAAGAUAAGAGUAACAAAGAGAUUAGUUACAUAUUGAAAAUUCCACUGGUAAACGAUCGUGGAGAUGAGCAUGAUUUUCACGAUCUGUUUGUCACGGAAGCUGAUAUGUACGAUCGUUUAGUGCCCGAGCUGGAGAAACUGUAUGAGAAACAUGCCUCGAUCCCGGUGAAAUUUAAGCCCAAGCAUCUAAAGUUCCCAGAGAAUCCACCCAGUUGCGAUUACAUAUUGAUGGAGGAUCUGCGCCCCAAGGGCUACAGAAAUUUGGAGCGUAUGUUUGGUCUGGGGCAAACAGAAAUGAAAGCGGUUCUCAAAAAACUGGCACAAUGGCAUGCCGCCUCUGCUCGCAGAGUUUUAGAUAAGGGAGACUACCAGAAGAGUUACAUCUACCCCGAGCACUUCAAAUGGAUCGAACAAUCGAAUGUCAAGUCUAACGUGCCUUUCUUAGAAUGCUUGCAGCACUAUGAACUCGAUCCGGGUCAGCAGCAAUUAAUUAGCAACUACACCUCUCGUAUGACAGAAUUGUAUAUGGAUUUUGGUCGUAUAUCUCCGACAGAUUUUUCUGUACUCAAUCACGGAGAUUUUUGGUGUAACAAUUUUCUUUUGAAAGUGAAUGACGGAGAGAUUGAAGAUGUGUGUUUUGUGGACUUUCAACUUCCCAAGUAUGGAACUCCGGCUCAAGAUUUAUUCAGUUUGCUAAUGACAACACCAAACAUACACAUUAAACUGGAGCAAUUCGAUAAUUUUAUAGAGUAUUAUCACAAAGAACUCGUUAAUCAUUUAAAAUUACUCAAAUAUGAGCGCAAAAUACCAACACUAUCAGAACUGCUCACAAAUCUUCAUAAAAAUGGUCUCUGGGCAUUUGUAUGCGCCCAGAGAAUGCUGCCCUUAUCGCUUUACCCAGCUAGCUCCGAUUCCAAUAUAGAAAACUUCAUGGGAGACUCGGAUGCUGCGAUGCAAUUUCAGCGCAAUAUUCUUCUCAAUCCCAGUUAUGUUAAACAGAUGAAACUAAUAUUACCUUGGCUCAUUGAAAGAGGCUACAUUAACUGA